CGCAAAGAAUCAUAUAAGUAGUGUGUGAAAAUGUUGCAUGUAAAUGGAGGAGAGGGAGAAAUGAGCUAUGCCAACAACUCCUUACUUUCGAGAAAGGUGUUGUCCUCAACAUGGCUAAUAGCAAAGGAAGCCAUUUCCAAAUUUUGUCAUCAAAGCAACUUUCCAACGACCACUUUCACCAUGGCGGAGUUGGGAUGUUCUUGUGGCCCAAACGCUCUGUUGAUUGCUUCCAAUUUAGUGGAGCGAGUGGAGGAGAUUCGUAAAAGGCUUCAAAAAAAUGCUUUGGAGUAUCAAAUUCUGCUGAAUGAUCUACAUGGAAAUGACUUCAAUGCUAUAUUUAGAUCCUUACCAAGUUUCUUGGAAGAGUUGAAAACCAAAAUUGGAGCUCAUGAUUCUGAUUUUGGUCCAUGUUUUUUUAAUGGGGUGCCUGGUUCUUUCUAUUUCAGACUUUUUCCAACAAAUUCUGUCCAUUUCUUUCAUUCCACAUACACCCUCCAUUGGCUCUCUCGGGUCCCUGAAGGAAUAGAGAAUAAAAACAAAGGGAAGAUAUUCAUAAGCAGUACAAGUCCAAAGAGUGUGGUUGAAGCUUAUUACAAACAAUUUCAAAUGGACUUUUCCAUGUUCUUAAAGUGCCGUGCUGAAGAACUAGUAAUUGAUGGACAUAUGAUUCUCACAAUGUUAGGAAGAACAAGUGAAGAACCAUGGAGCAAAGAAUGUACUUCUUUUUGGGAGUUCUUGUCUUUGGCUCUAAACACCAUGGUGGCCGAGGGACUUGUGGAAGAGGAAAAAGUGGACUUGUUCAAUAUACCAAAUUAUAUGCCAUCUUGGAAAGAAGUAGAAGCGGAAGUGUUAGAGGAAGGAAGGUUUGGUAUCAGUCAUCUUCAAGUUUCAAAAAUUGAUUGGGACUUUUCCGAUGAUGCAGAAACAAAAUAUGAUUUUGCAAAAUGUGUUCGAUCUGUGAUUGAAUCACUUCUAAUUUCUCAUUUUGGAGAAGCCAUUAUUGACGAACUAUUUCGUAGAUAUAAAAAGAUUAUCGUCGAGAAGAGAUCAGAAGAACGACUUCAGAUUACCAACCUAACUAUUUCUCUAAUCAAAAUAAAAUAAACGAAGCUUUAUAUUAAUCAUUAUGAGAUAUGAUCAUGUGAAAAAAAACACGAUACGGUUGUAGUCAUAUCUAAUGCAUGUCCAAAAUUGUUCUAGCUAUUCUAUAUGAACUCAAAUGGUCCUUUUAGUGUUUAUUUACAAAUUCUUGUCCAUGUGGUAUGAAAUGGUGUGUGAAUUAAUAAAAUGGUUAUGUUAUGCAA